GUUGGUUUAUUUUAAGAAUUCUCUGGCAUGGAAUGAGUGGGUGAUUUUCCAUGAUUCAGGUAAUGGAUAGCUGAAGGCGGCUGACCGUGGAACGCGGCAGCUGUGACAACGGCGGUAGAAGGCUAUGAGUCACUGGGAGGAUGGUGUUUUCCCAUAAAGCAUCAUUUUGGCAGGAUCGUUGUGGCUUUCAGGAAUAAAUGUGGAAGGCAAAAUGUUGCCUUUUUUGUCUGCAGCUCAAUACACAACCUAAGCGUAAUACCGUUGCCAUGGAUACGAGCAAACUGGCAGCGAAGAAAUGGAUAAAGAUUCCGAGCAUAGACAUUUCCGGGUAAAAAAGAAAAGGCGGAGAGCUGGAAACGUUCACCGGAGCUGGGAUUGCCCUGUAAUUAAAAUCAGUAGUUUACUGCCUGCCUAGUUAUCCGCAGAUUAUCAUUCUGACAUGGAAACCAUACUGUAAUUGAAAAAUUGGUUCAGGUAAUUUCAUAUAUGCACAGGAAGUAGGCUAUGUAAAAAGGUUCCGAUUCCGACCUCCCAAUGUGGGCCUGCGUUCAGACAUCCCUACUCAUAAAAACUGAUAGUUCUCAAAACGGUUCUGUUUUCAACAAUGUGAAUAUUAACAGCCCAUUACCGAACGAGGAAUGCUUUCCCUGAAAUGAAACCCUUCUGAUGAGUACCUAGUGGCGCCGUUUGUUUUAUUCAUAAGCUGGUGACAGAUACGUGUUCUAGUGUGCAGGUCACUAGUGGUUCAGUCAUUGGGCUGCAGCGUGACCGCACUGCAUUGUAUUGAGUGUGUUCUCUGUAAUCACGACCGCCUUUGUCAUAUUGAGAAAACGUUCAGAAGCGGCUUCACCUCUCAAACUACAGGGUGAAUCAUGAGAGAAUGAAAUGGCUUUUUGGAUUGAAACUGCCAAUCAGUACACACCAAGGACAUUGUGUUUAUUUGUUUGCCCCAGGGAGCACGUUAAGCCAAUGUUUUAUUUUAUAUGCUAGAAGUAGUUUUGUCUUUGUCUUACAUUCUCUCUCUUUCAGCUUCCCUCUGAAAUGUACAUGUACACAUACACACACACACACACACACACACCACACUCACACAAAGACACACACACACACACACACACACAAGCUGCAUGUGGGCAGCAGUCCAAGGUAGCAGUCUUGUUCUAUAUAUAGUGUGGUAUUAUGGAAUGUUUUGAGCACCCUUUUUUCCGCUCCCCACAUCCCCCGCCACCCCCAAGCAGCCAUCCUGAAUGGCUGCUCUCAGUGCAAAUGCUUGGUGUCAUACAGACUGAUGGGACUUAAUGUACCCUGCUGCUCAAUGGUUCUGCCUGUUCAAGCUAGGUAAAAUGGACAUGGUGCAUUGCCAUGGAAACAGCAGCCCUUCUCCCUCUCCGUGAAGGUUCUAGAAUCGUGCCUCUGAUUGUGAUUCGGGUGCUUCUCUUUCUUUUUGUACUAGCUCCACCGAGCUUUGCACCAGGCUAGCCCCCAAAAGUCAGCAUCAUUUAGAACCUACUCGCAUUAAUGAAUUGCUCUGCAAUUAGUGCUUUUAUUGCUGUUCAGAUCAAAUACUACGGGUGGCAGGGUAGCAUAAUGGCUAGCAAACUGGGCAUGUAACUCCGAAGUUGCAGGUUCCAUUCACAGGUGGGACGCAGCCAUUGUACCCUUGAACAAGUACUCAAUCUGGCUCUCCCCAGUAAACAUUCAGCUUUAUAAAUCGGUAGUGUGUAGAGGAAUGUAAGUCGUAUAAGUCACUCUGGAUAACAGCGUCUGCUAAAUGCCUCAAAUGUAAAUGCAGUGUUUCCUGGUAAUUCCAAUUCUGUCAUUUCUUUGAACACAUCUCCAUAGGGCUCGUGUGUCGGUACGCUGCAGGAGUGACAUCACUGCGGAAUGUUGAGGGGAACGGCAAAAGUGUGGAAGAGGUCCUGUUCCUGAAUCCGGAGGGCCAUUGGUUCAAUUUCCCUGGUGGAACACUGCGGGUCUGUCUCAGAUAAAGGUGAGCAGAGCUGCAGGGUGGUGCUAUUGUGUGAGUCAGCCUACAGCCAGCCCUUCCACUGGAAAAAGAACUCACCCCAAUCCUGUCCUCACCCCCCGCCCCUCCCACCCCCCCCCUCAAACCCCCUCACUGCCCCCUCUGCCAGCUCGCCAUCCCUCCCACCCGGAACUAGAGGUGUGCGUGGGAGCAAAAACCGGCGCAUUCUCUUUUGCCGGUCCUCCUAAAAGAUUUCAGUCCCGCCCACUGUGCCAUCACUGCCGUCACCAUGAUGACAUCAUCGCUCCGGCGGCAGAUGAAGAACAUGGUGAACAACUACACGGAGGCGGAGGUCAAAGUGCGCGAGGCGACCUCCAACGACCCCUGGGACCCGCCCGGCCCGCUGAUGGAGGAGAUCUCCGACCUGACCUUCAACGCGGUGGCCUUCCCCGAGGUGAUGGGCAUCAUCUGGAAGCGGCUCAACGACCACGGCAAGAACUGGCGGCACGUCUACAAGGCCCUGACGCUGCUGGAGUACCUGAUCAAGACCGGGUCGGACCGCGUGGGCAAGCAGUGCCGGGAGAACGCGGUGGUGCUCCAGACGCUGCGGGACUUCCAGCACACGGACCGGGACGGGCGGGACCAGGGCUCCAUCGUGCGGGAGAAGGCCAAGCGGCUGGUGGCGCUGCUGAGGGACGAGGACCGGCUGAAGAGGGCGCGGUCGGCGUCGCUGAAGCCCAGGGAGCGCGCGGGCUGCCCCGCCUCCGCCGCCGCCGCCGCCGAAUGUGGCUCCGCCUACGGGGACCUGCCGCCGCCCUACCCCGGCCGGCGGUCCAGCCAGCCCCUCAUGACCUCAGCGUACGGGGGCGAGGGAGCCAGGGGCUCACCCUCCUUCAGCUCCUCUUUUUCCUCCCCUCACUGUCACUCUGAUCUGGAGGAGGCUCGGCCCCAGACCAGCGGGGAGGAGGAGUUACAGCUGCAGCUGGCGCUGGCCAUGAGCCAAGAGGAGAACGAGAAGAAACCCCCGCCUGUAAACCUGGAUGAGCAGACCCAACUCCAGAUGGCACUUAACCUGAGCAAAGAGGAGCCCCUCCAGCCCGCUCCGCCUAUUCCCGUUCCCGACGUCGCGGUGCUGGAUGAAGAUGCCCAGCUUCAGCUGGCCCUGAGUCUGAGCAAGGCGGCACACCAGGAGGAGGAGCGCAGUCGUGAGGGAGAAGAGACGCUCCUGCGCAAAGCUCUUGAGGAGAGCAGAAGGGAGGUGGAGGGAGGAGGAGUGGAGUCUGCCAUGAAGGAUCUGGAGGACAUUUUUGGAGCUGGCUCUGCAGCGCCCCCUCGUGUUGACCCCUGGGACCUGCCACCUACCAGGGCCAAACCUGCCAAUGUGGUGACCUCUGACCCCUGGGACUCUUUGGGGGGUCCCUCUACCACUCCUGUGAUUGACAACUCAUGGAUGGGUCUUCCAGCAGCCAGCGGCCCCCUGAAGCCUUGGGAUCCUAGCCAACCCCCUUCGGACCCAUGGGACGCCCCGAGGAACAUUUCCAGCAGAAACCCCACCAUCCACGCAGGGUCUUCAGGAGUCGAUCCGUUCUGUACUGUGACAAAGGAAUCUCAGACAGCCUGUGACUCCCCCAGACGUUCUGGAAGUCCCACAGAUGGGGACCUGUUUGGGGAACCAGUGAUGGGGACGCAGGUGAAUGGCCGUGAACAGGGCAGCCCGUUGCCCUUUGACCUGUCCCGUCUCAGGGAGGGUCUGGCCGACCCCACCCCCCGAACCUCCCGGACCCCUGAGUCCUUCCUGGACCCAACCGCGGCCUCUCUGGUCAACCUGGAUACCCUGAUACCCCUCAACCCCCCCGCCAAGACUACCAACCCCUUCCUGACAGAACUGAGUGCUACCGCAACCUCCAACCCCUUCCAAAGCGAGCAGCCCCGCCUCACCCUGAACCAGAUGCGUUCCGAAUCCCCCUCUUCUCUCUCGAGCAACUCCUCUCUUCCCCCGUCCGUCGGCCUCCAGCCCCCCAUCCUGCCCGCCUCCUUCACCCACCCCCCCGCUUUUCCGCCAUCGCAGGGUCUGCUGGAUGUGAUUCCAAACCUGCCCCAGCCCCUACUGCCCUUCUCUACAGUGCCCCCUCCUGGACAGCAGGGGGACCAACAGGCUCAGAACCCUUUCUUGUGAGGCCCUGCUGUGUUAACUGAGUGGACACUGAGGACCCUGGAACUUACACACAAGGUUGCGACCUCAAACCCGACCUCUCGUUGCCCUUAGCCCAUCCUGAACUGAGAUUAAAACAAUAUUUUAAUACAAUGUUACCAGCCUCGCAGGUUCUGCGCCGUUCUAACCCGGGCCCCAGAAGUGCUCCAACGCUGGGGCCAACCCCCUCCUUUACAGCAGGGACAUGGGAGGUGGACAUUCUGGAACCUUCCUGCCCUCUGCUGCUGAGCUGCUGCUAGCACUGCUGUCUUGCCUCUGUGAAUCUCUGGCCUUGAGCAGCCGUCCUAUACCCAUGAAGUCCUUCAACUAAUAAAAUGAAGAAAAAAUAUAUAUAUAUGAUUCCUCACCACAACUAUCCCUGACACAACACCAUUUCCUCACACUGGCCUUCCUAAUCAGAAAUUUUGCAUGGCAGACCUACUGUAAUGUGCGCCUGUGUGCACCGAUAGACCACAAUGCACUGCAGCUAAACACCUACCCUCUGAUGCUCCGAUCCCAUCUCAUGCUAUGCCAUUGAGAGAACUGCGGGCGGUCAUGUGGGGAGCAUCCAGCCAGCAAAAUCCAUACUGACGCAAGUCUGACCACCUUUCCCUCUACUAGCCACCGAUGCACUGCUUCGACCCACGGGCUUGAGCCAGGACGACCCCUGUUGAGACCUAAAGGGGGAGAAGAUGCUGAAAUAUAGGCUUUAAUAUCGUAGGGGUUCUGCUGAAUGAACAAAACUAUAAUACUGAAAACUGAUUCAUACUAGAACUAUUAUGGAAACUACGAUCAAAACAUAGUGGUAUGAAAAUGUAUGCAAAUUAGUGUUUGUUGCCUGUCAAACACCAAUCUCUGACCAAAUGUAUACAUAUCCAUUUAAAAAAAUUCAACCAAUAAAUGGUGUGUAUUUGCACACUUUCUAAUUA